AUGAAAGUACAUGAUUUCAUCCUAGAAGGAAAUUGGUGUGUUCCUACUGAAUUACAACAGAUCAUUCCAGUGAAUUCUUUGCCAGUAAUAAGGCAUGGAACUGAUCACAUGGCGUGGACUGCUAGUAAUGAUGGAAAUUUCUACACUGAUAUUGCAGUUGAGAAGAUAAGUCAUAAAGAAUCAAUACUUCCAUGGCCUAAGUAUGUACGACAAAAUUUUCUGCAUCCUAGCAUAGCCAGUAACAUCUGGAAAAUACAGCAAGAAGUAUAUGUUGAUGAUGAGGUAAUGAGGAAGAAUGGAUUUGAAAUGGUUUCCAUGUGUUGCAUAUGUUUGGCAGCUCAAGACACCAUGAAUCACACUCUGUGGGAAUGUGCUUUCAGUAAUGCAGUUUGGGACUGGUUGAACAGGGUCUUUUGUUUUGCAAAUCCAAAAUCAUUUGAUGAAGUUUGUACAACAGCAAAGAAUAAGAGUCCUCUUGUCAGGAAAGUUUGGAUGAUUGCAGCUUGUGCAACCAUGAGAGAAUUGUGGUUUCAGAAAAAUGCAAAAAUUUUUGUUGAGAAGAAACCCAAUCUGAAUGGAUUUAAAUGCAGAAUUAUGCAGCUGGUUCAUGAAGGUGGUUAUAGAUUGAAUGGAGUUAGUUGGCAGCAACCUUAUGAAUCUCAGGUGAGAAAUUUUUUCAAAGUUUAA